GAAGUUUCAGUGACAGAUUCAAUCAAACUUCAAAAUCAUCAUCAUCAGUUCUGGAAAAUCUCCGAGAAAUCUCCCGUUUCAGGUUAAAGCAUUUCGAAAUGGCUAGUAUUCAAAAAGAUCCGAUUCUUCAAGUAGAGACAACUUGUGGAUCUCUCUUAUACGAACUCCAGAUUAUUUGGGAUGAAGUUGGAGAAACUGAAACUGAUAGAGAUAAGAUGUUGCUUGAGCUUGAACGUGAAUGUUUGGAAGUUUAUAGAAGAAAAGUUGAUCAAGCUAAUCGAUGUAGAGCUCAAUUACGACAAGCGAUAGCUGAUGCUGAAGCAGAAUUAGCUGCCAUUUGUUCUGCUAUGGGAGAGCGUCCUGUGCAUAUUAGACAGACUGAUCAAAGCGUUGGGAGCUUGAAGCAAGAGCUUGGGAGGAUUCUUCCUGAACUGGAAGAGAUGCAAAAGAGGAAAAUUGAAAGAAGAAACCAGUUCAUUGUUGUCUUGGAGGAAAUAGAUAGUAUUACUAAUGAUAUUAAAGGUCAAGGAGAACUUGUUCAUUCCAAACCACUUAUCGAUGAGACUGACUUGUCUAUGAGAAAGCUUGAAGACUUACACUGCCAGCUGCAAGCACUUCAAAAGGAAAAGAUUGAUCGUGUGGAGACGAUUAGGAAGCACCUGUGUACUUUGUAUUCCCAUUGUUCAGUACUUGGAAUGGAUUUUAAUGAGGUUGUUGGCCAAGUGAACCCCACAUUAAGUGAUCCAGAAGGACCAAGAAGCUUGAGUGAUCAUACGAUAGAGAAAUUGGGGGCUGCAGUUCAGAAGCUGAGGGAGGUCAAGAUACAGAGAAUGCAACGGCUUCAAGAUCUAGCAACAACCAUGUUGGAGCUCUGGAAUUUGAUGGAUACACCCAUAGAAGAGCAGCAAGAGUAUCAGCAUAUUACCUGCAAUAUAGCUGCAUCAGAACAAGAAAUAACUGAAGCCAAUAGUCUCUCUGAAGACUUCAUUAAAUACGUUGAAGCAGAAGUUGUCCGAUUGGAUGAGGUAAAAGCAAGCAAAAUGAAAGAACUUGUUUUGAAGAAAAGGUCAGAACUAGAGGACAUAUGUAGGAAAACCCACUUGUUGCCAGUGUCAGACAGUGCUAUAGAUCAAACUAUAGCAGCGAUAGAAUCUGGUAUUGUGGAUGCUACAAUGGUCCUGGAGCAUCUUGAGCAACAUAUAUCUAAGAUCAAAGAGGAAGCUUUAAGCCGAAAAGAGAUACUUGAAAGGGUUGAGAAAUGGUUAUCUGCCUGCGAUGAAGAAAGUUGGCUUGAAGAAUACAACAGGGACGAUAACCGAUACAAUGCUGGGAGAGGAGCUCAUCUUACUCUCAAGCGUGCUGAGAAAGCUCGCAAUCUUGUUAACAAGCUUCCAGGAAUGGUUGAAGCACUGGCCUCGAAGACUAUAGUUUGGGAACAAGAAAAGGGGAUUGAAUUUCUCUAUGAUGGUAUCCGUCUUCUUUCUAUGCUUGAGGAGUACAACUUGCUAAGGCAGGAAAGAGAAGAGGAACACCGUCGCCAACGGGAUCAGAAGAAGCUUCAAGGACAGCUCAUAGCAGAACAAGAGGCGCUAUACGGGUCCAAACCGAGCCCAUCUAAACCCCUUGGCGGUAAAAAGGCUCCAAGAAUGUCAACCGGUGGUGCUACUAACCGAAGACUCUCUUUAGGAGCAGCAAUGCAUCAGACUCCUAAGCCUAACAAGAAAGCAGAUCACCGACAGAAUGAUGGAGCUUUAUCUAAUGGAAGAAGAGGGCUUGAUAUUGCAGGACUUCCCUCAAGGAAACAAUCAAUGAAUCCUUCUGAAAUGUUGCAAUCCCCAUUAGUUCGCAAACCGUUCUCGCCCAUUUCAACUACGGUGAUUGCAUCAAAGGCCAACAUAGCAACAACAACACAACAGCAACUUCCGAAAAACAACACAGUGAAUGAGAUCUCAUCAUUUGCAACUCCUGUCAAGAACAUCAACAGUAUUAGGAACUUGGAAGAAGAGAAAAUGAUGACUAUGAUGAUGCAAACACCUAAGAAUGUUACUGCAAUGAUUCCAAUCCCAUCGACACCAGCAACAGUCUCUGUCCCAAUGCACACUGCACCAACACCAUUCACCAACAAUGCAAGAUUGAUGUCUGAAAAGCCUGAAGUUGUUGAGUACUCGUUUGAGGAACAAAGACUCGCCUUCAUGCUACAGGCUGAAUGUGGUUUGGUUUGAUCAUUAAUCCUUUGGUCUCAAUCUUAAGUUUUUUCAUUUGUAAAACUCAAACUGAAUGUGGUUUGGUUUGUAAAAGGUCAAUUAUAUGAUUGGCUUUUUUUUCUUUUAAGUAAUCAUUUUUACACGUAUGGUUUCUUCUGAGACUGACAAGAAAAAACCAUUCCGUGA